AGCGCAGGCUACAAAUAAAAUCUGUAGCCAUAGUAGCUAGUCAAAUGUUGCUUUUAGCGCAGACGAGAAACGGACCUACAAUCAGUACACAGUGAAACGACUGAAACGACUGGUUAAUCCGGACCACUAGCCAAAUCUGGAAGCACACUGCUGUUAGGACAGUGCAUUCAUCUCUGAACAAUGUUUUACAGAUUCGGUGUAAUUCUCACUCCGGAGUGCAAUGACAUUGACGUGUAUGUUUUGGGUUCCUGUCCAGAGAUGGGUCACUGGGAUCCGAACAAGGCGGUUCUUAUGAAACCUACACAGGCUGUCCUGUCAAUGCACGAGCCUUGCCUCUGGAUCGGCGACGUGCAGCUCGCGGAGCCGUGCAAAGACAGCCUGUGGUUCAAAUUCAUUAAAAGAAUAGCUGGCAAUUUCAUCUGGGAAGGCAAUGGGCCCCAUCAUGACCGAUGUUGUGUGUAUGAUGAGAACAAUCUGGUGGACGGUGUCUACUGUCACCCCAUUGGCCAUUGGAUUGAGGAGACUGGCCACACAGAUGAGAUGAAGCACACAACUGACUUCUACUUUGGUGUGGCGGGCCAGCAAGCUAUGCAUUUCUCCAGGAUCCUUCCCAGGGUCUGGCUGGGCAGCUGUCCUCGCCAGCUGGAGCAUGUGACCCUCAAGCUGAAGCAGGAGCUGGGCGUUUCAGCGGUGAUGAACUUCCAGACGGAAGGGGAUGUGGUCAACAACUCGCACGGCUGCCGGCACGACCCUGGAGAACCCAUGACUCCAGAGACCAUGAUGCACCUGUACAAGGACAGCGGCCUGGUGUACGUGUGGAUCCCCACGCCAGACAUGAGCACGGAGGGCAGAAUAAGAAUGCUCCCCCAGGCUGUCUUCCUACUGCACGGUCUGCUAGAGCACGGUCACACCGUCUAUGUUCACUGUAACGCGGGCGUAGGCCGCUCCACUGCCGCCGUGUGUGGUCUCCUCAUGUACAUCCUGGGCUGGAGCCUGAGGAAGGUGGAGUACUUUGUUGCAGCCAGGAGGGCGGCGGUCUACAUUGAUGAAGAGGCCUUGGUUUGCGCCCGGGAAGACUUUCUACUCAAGUUUGGACAGCUACGCUCAUCUGGUUGUUGCCCACAGACUUGAGAAUAGAGCCCCCUUGUGGUUCAAAGGGAUAGUUGCAAACUGUGAAUGGAUUAGAGGCGAUGGACCCGGAGGUCCUAAAGUGUGACAUAUUUCAAGUUCGAAUGCUUUACCAAAAUACAUUUGUCCAAUCACCAUGAUUAUUGUGCAAGUUGCCAGAUGGUCAUAUAACUAAAAGUUCAAUUUGAUGAAAACGGCCUUUUUAGUUGAGUGGUUGUCCUAUUCUGGUCAAUAUUCAGGUAGCCUGAAAACAUUCUGUUAACUGCCAAAACAGAUUAAAGAAACGAUUCAUCCAGUUGAGGUGUGUUUGUGUCCAUACUGUACUGCCUUCAGUUAUUUUGUGAAUAUUUUGAAUUGAACAUUUUGAUGUAUUUAAGGAUUCCCUGUAGUUUUGUCUAGCUGUCAUCAUUGGACGUUUUAUCAGUUUUUUUGUCCAAUCCUAGGAUUUUGUUAUUCAAGGGAUUCAGCUGACAUUUGAAAAGGCACCUUGAAGUUUUGUUUUGUCGACUGCUAAUAGAACAUUGAUGGCUGAAUAAAUCAAAAACUUGAAAAACUCCCAGAUGCUUGAAUAGUAGAGUUUGCAAAGUGGGCAAUGACCACAUUUGUACCUGCGAGAGUCGAACAAAUGAGAGAAAUAUAAACCAGUAAGUCUCUCUCUUCUCUCUUGCCUUUUACCUGAUAUCUUCUGUGCCAGAUUUGUCUCUAUACGUAUAAAGGAUUACUCCCGAGUCCCAGAUACUUAUGUGGCAUUUCACAGAAAUUCAGUGUUUUCACCGUCCAAAGCUGUAAAGGAAAAUGGUAGAGUUGUCUUUGUUGUGUAGAGGUCUUAAUGCUGCCUGUGAAAAGGAAAUUGUCAUUUCCUGCAAAAUAAAGCCAAGCAAACA